GCAAGAGCUCGCCCAUAUAAGGCCAUAUUGCACUGGUGAUCGAUCUCCCAUCUUUUCCAAGAGCAGAGCUAGCUAGCAAUGGAUUCCCUGUACUGGCUCGUAGAGGUCGUCUCCCUCCUUUGCUGCUUCGUCUUCUACUACCGUCACCUUCAGUCCAAGAAAAUAAGCAAGGCAGAGCCGACCGAAUGGCCAAUACUGGGCCAUCUCCCAGGCCUGGUCGCCAACAUGCACCACUUCCACGACUGGGCCUCCGGCAUCCUGGCCGGCACACUGUACAACUUCGAGGCACGCGCGGGGCUCACCGGCGUCCGCUUCUUCGUCACCUGCGACCCGUCCAACGUGCGCCACAUCUUCACCUCCAACUUCAUCAACUACCCAAAAGGGGACGAGUUCGCCGAGAUCUUCGACGUCUUGGGCAACGGCAUCUUCAACGCGGACGGCGAGUCAUGGCGCCGCCAGCGUGCCAAGUCUCAGCUGCUCAUGGCGGGGCCUCGCUUCCGCGCCUUCUCAGCGCGGUAUAGCCGCGACAAGGUGGGGAGGAGCCUCCUGCCUUUCCUCGAGCACGCCGCCGACGCCGGAGCCAGCUGCGACUUGCACGACGCGUUCCUGCGCUUAACGUUCGACAUGACCUGCAACCUCGUCUUCGGCGUCGACCCCGGGUGCCUGCAGAUCGGCCUCCCCCUCGUGCCCUUCGCGCGCGCCAUGGACGACGUGCUGGAGACACUCUUCCUCCGGCACCUCAUCUCGCCGGCGUGCUGGAAGCUCAUGUACCGGUUGGAGGUCGGCACGGAGCGGAAGAUGGCUGCCGCUAAGAGGACAAUCGACCUCUUCGCGGCCGAGACUAUCGCGAAACGCAGGGCCGAUCACAAGCUCCGCGAGGGCAUCAGUAGCUCGUCCGACAUGUUGUCGUCCUUCAUCUGCAACGAUGACGCGAGCGAGUUUGACGACGAGUUCUUGCGUGACACGACGGUGAACCUCCUGCUCGCCGGCCGGGACACGACCGGGGCUGCGCUGUCGUGGUUCUUCUACCUCCUCACCAAGAACCCGCGUGUCGAGCAGAAGAUCCUGGACGAGCUGGCGCCGGUCGCUUACCGUAAGAAGCUGGCCGGCGACGACGACAUGGUGGUGUUCGACGUGAGCGAGCUGAGCGGCAUGCUGUACCUGCACGCGGCGCUGUGUGAGUGCCUGAGGCUGUACCCGUCCGUGCCCUUCGAGCACAAGGCGGCGGUGGCCGGCGACGUGCUCCCGAGCGGGCACGAGAUGAAGGCCGGCGACAAGAUCCUCAUAUUCUCCUACUGCAUGGGGAGGAUGGAGGGCGUCUGGGGCAAGGACUGCGCGGAGUUCAGGCCGGAGAGGUGGAUCACCCAGGAUGGGAAGCUGCGGUACGAGCCUUCCUACAAGUUCAUCUCCUUCAACGCCGGUCCCCGGACCUGCCUCGGCAAGGAGAUGGCGUUCGUGCAGAUGAAGACCGCCGCCGCCGCCGUGCUGUGGAACUUCGCCGUCGAGGCCGUGCCUGGGCACGUCGUGGAGCCGAAGCUGUCCAUCAUACUUCACAUGAAGAACGGGCUCGCGGUCACGGUCAAGAGGAGGAACGUCGCGGCCGUGCAUGGCUAGCUAGUUCUUGUCGGAACGUGCGUGUGUCCACGUAUGUCAUGACCGGCUGCAAGGUAUGCGGCGGCCGUACUUACACGUAGCGGCCGGACACGUACGUACAUGUAAGUAUAUGUAUGGAAAAAUGGCAUGUGUGUUUGCUUAUGGUACGUACGUUUCAUAUCAUCAUUAGAAUAAAAAACUAGGCGAGUGUAAUAUGUGUAGUCUAUAGUGUAGUGACGCAAGUUGUGCUUUGUAUGCUUGUCUGCCAGCGCCUGUAUAGCGGGUGCUCUCCCAAAAUAUAAAUGGACGUAUGGGCGUCAUGUGCAUGACCUAUUGACAA